AUGCAAGAAACAACGAAGCAUCUGCUUGACGGUGUUGUGGGACUUGCGUGUGUCGAUCCCACACUACACCCAUCCACCCGCGCCGCACCGCUUGUGGUCUCCAUCAUCACUCAGCAGUGCUUGUACCUGUGCCACUCAGCCUCGUCGUGUCAGGCCCUUUUGAAUGAGGGGGAUUCCUUGUUUUGGCACAUCAUGCGACGUGUGGCAGAAGCUAGAGCCUGCUAUGUAGCCUUGCGUACCCCACCUCCACCACGACCUCUUCGUAAAAGAGUUGGAGCCUGGAACGAAGAGUCUCUGCAGCUAUCCGCCCCUCCAGUGAGGGGCAGUCAUUGUACUAGUAGCCGAGGUAGCAGUAGCCACAGCGUUGAGGAGAAAACAUUUCCCUCUGCACUCCAUUCUGUGUCACUCCCGCUGCGGCGGCAGCUGCUCUCACCACUCGAAUUUCGUGUUGUUGUGGUUGGAGGCGGGAGAGUUGGGCGGGCCAUUGUGGAGCGUUUACUACAGGCGUCGUACCUCAUCCAUCCGUCUCGAAUUACCAUCAUCACACGGCAGCCCGAGACAGUCGUGCAGUUUGCGGAUCGUGGGGUGCAGUGCACGGGGCGGACUGAGGGGCGUCAGGCGCUGAUGGAGUGCCACGUCUUAAUUCUGGCAUGUCAGCAGACACAGUUCUACGACUUUGCCAGCAUCUACUGUCCGCGCCACACCCAGAAGCCGGUGCGGCCGGCGAGAAAGGUGGGGAACGAUAAUCCUGCGGGACAAGAGAACUUGUGUACGAAGAAGCGCCUGCGCCGAGAGAAAAAGCGGACACUGCGCGACGUUGUGAACAAGUGGCGAACCAUCGAGGAUAACGACUACGCAGACGGCAUACCCGGGGCCACCAUGACGCGAUUAUUGAAGCCGGGAACAUUUGUUUUUUCCUGCUGCGCCGCGCUAGAAACGCACAAGAUUGCAAGGGAGUUGGGGCAUCUUGACCCUCUUGUCGUGAAUACUGAAGUUGACAUGAGCGCCGUCCACGCCGCCGCGCAGCAGUUUCAGAACAGCAAGGAUAAUUUUCGCUUGGCCUACAUUCAACGUAUUCAGCUAGAGGGAAACUCCUUCCUUACCGCACUGAAUGUCCUGCAUCAGACAUACAUGAACGGUGGCACCCCACCAGCCGAUUUUACAAGAGAUAUCUUGCAUGAUCCCUAUUCUACUGGGCUACGAGUGCGUGGUGGCCGCCCCGGGUUGCUGCAGCAACCCAGCAUAAAUGAGGCGUUGCGAGGGGAAGGUGUUAGUGGUAGCACCUCCUUUCUGUUGCGUGUUUGGCGUGCGUUGCGAUGUUUUGUAGUAGCACGGGUGGCGUCACUCAAGCUGGCGGAGCACCUCCUAUUUAUGUACCUGCAGCGCGUGGGGCCGCUGCUAGGCCCCAUUUUUGUUGCGCUUCCAGAUUCCAGCCAGGCUCGCGUCGUGGAGGUGUUGGAGGAGGUACUCAACCGUAAAGCGCGCGAAGAUUAUGACGGCGACGAGGCGUUGGAUGUGGAGGCGCGCCCGUUGGUGAAGUUGGAUCAGCGUAUUGCCGAGGCUUGUGAUAGUGAUAGUGAUAGUGGUGACGGUAAGGGCGAGCCGCCGACGGCAAAAGAGUUGGCGCGUCUUAUCGCAUGUUUCCCUCAAGUUUUUGGAAACGAGGAGGUGGUGUUGCAGCAGCUGCGUGAGGAGUACAUCGCCGUGACGGAGCGGUGA